GUGUCACCUAUGCAUUGGGGCCUCUUUUAAUUAAUACAAAAUUGAGGUUACAUCUUUUCAAAUGUUCCUCCCUUAAUAUAUAAGGGAUCAGUUCCCAUACAAAAUUGGAUAUAUAAACGUACAGUGUGCAACAUAAUGAAAUUACGGGGAAUAAAUAUUACUAGGAUGAGACCCACGCUUUGCGUGGGAUGAUAAAGAAAUAAAAAUCAUAUAUUCAAAGUAGUAUCGUCCAAUCCGGAUAUUGGUCUGGUCUCGGUUCAGUAUUUUGAUAUUUUGGUUUAUAAAAGUUAGAUACCAUAUUAAAAUCAUACUCUGUUUUGGUUUGGUUCAGUUUAUAUACUGUCUAUUUUUGGUUUGUCCAAUUUUAGUCUGGUUUCGGCUUGGUUUUUCGAUUUUUUGGUUUAUAAAAAUUUAAAAUAAAAUUUAUUUUGAUUUGGUUCGGUUUAUAUACUGUCGGUUUUUGGUUUAUUCAAUUUUAUACCAAAAAAAACUAUAUUUAUCUUCUAUUACAUUUUGUCAAUUUAAUUUUGUAUGAUUAAAAAUCAAAUUUAUUAAAUACUACUCUAAUUUUUAAUAGAAGGUUUUUGUAUUAUAUUUAACUAUUAAAAAUAACUGUUAAAUAAAUUAUAGUUAUUGCAUAUUUAUAAGAAGAAAAGAAAAAUGAUUAAUAAUAUACUAAUUUUAAAACAAAUAUAUGUCAAUUAUUCAUAUUAACGUCUUAAAUAUCAAGAUCAUAUAAAUAAAAUAAACUACAUGUAUAUAAUUAUAUUAUGCAAUUUAUAUAAAACUAUACUACUAUAUUUUAAUUAAUCAGUUUCUUCGGUUUAUAUGGUGUGAUCGACUUAUAUAAUGAACCAUAUCUAUAUACCACGGUUUCUAAAAAUAACAUCUAUUCGGUUUAUAUGGUGUUAUCAAAUCAAACUAAUUUUUCUAUUUCGAUUUGAUUGGGUUUUAGUUGGUCCGGUUUUGACUGAAUUGAAUACCCUUAAUUCAAAUUAUUAAAUCGUAGAUAGUUUGCAAACAUGUUUCUUGUACUACAAUAAAAAUCCUCUCUAUCAAAAUCAGAUAGUUGGUCAUGUUUUUGCAUUUUAAAUAUAAUACGAAAUAUUGUAGAUAGGUCACGUUUUUGCAUCUUAAAUAUAAUUUUCCAUAUUUACCUCAUAUUGAGUUGUGAAGGGGCAUAGCUACUUUUGUGUCAAAUGCAACACUUAUAAUCCUGCAGUAGAAAGCGGUGGCUCUUUGAUUUCUUUAACAUAUAUUUUCAAUACAAACAUGGUACCUACCUAACAUUACGGUCGUUAAAUUUCACCAUUAACUACUAAGAUUUGCAUUUAUUAAUAAUUUACCUUAGUUUCCAAAUAAAUAUAAUUAAUAUUUGUCUUGGUGAUAAAGAUUUUCCUUAAUCCCCUAUUACCGAACUGUCAAGUUUAGUAUAUUUGAUAUUUAUUAUUCAUUGCAUUAAUUUAAGAAUUUGUGGGUUGUUUCUUUUACUAAACCAAUCUCACAUUAAUAUCCCCAGUUACUCCAUUAAAUAAUUUUUUUUUCUCAUGCUCGGUAUCAAAACCGUAAGCUGGCGUAAUGUGCCUCUAAUAUUCAAUAUAUCCUAGCGAAAUUAUUACAUAGCUUUUGGACCGAUUUUUUUUUUUCAAUUGAAUAUGGAGCUGCCACAUCAUACUAAUUGAUAUGCUAAUUAACUGACAACUAAGCUGGAUACUUUUUUAAUUAAUACAAAAUAUAGGUUAUAACUUUUCAAAUGUUCCUCUAUUAAUAUAUAGGGGAUAUUAAAGAGAGUACUACUUUCUCAUAGUAAUUUUGCUUUCAGGAGAACGUGGUAGGAUCUCAAAGUGGGUUAAUCAGUUAAUCUUCUUUCAUACUAGUAUAUUACUCUAAGAACUCUAUCGGAACACUAAAUAUAUGCCUUCACUUGGAUGAUCUAGUUCUGGAGAAUGACAAUGUCUUUUUCAACAUAAUGUUCCAAACUAGUGAAGAGGACAUACAUCCCUAUAGAUUAAUUAGCCUGCUUUCUCUACUCACAUAGAUAAGUUUAUGAGGAUCAAGCAAAAGUUUUCUUCAUUCUGCUUUUCUUAUUUCAACGCAAUUUUGACACCAAAAUCGAUUGUUUAGCAUAUAGUGUUAUGUUAUAUUCUUAUGAUAUCACCUUUCUAGAACCAUAUGCACCACUAGUUUGGGAUUAUGAAACAUUUUAAUUUAUUUUUAUGUAUCUUGACAAAAAACCUUGCUAAUUUUGGAUUAGAACGAGAAUAUAUUAAUGUAUUUAUAUUAAUUCUAAGAAUACUUCUUUUCAGUCAAUGAGCAUACAUGAGAAAUAAUUCUGCUAAUUUACUAGCUAGGUUCUGGUUCGGUUUAUUAGUAAGUACACGUCCACUUUAGGUAAUGAUAAAUCUUUAAUUUUGUGGGGGCAAGUUAGUUCUUAGACUUUAUCCAUGUUAAAAUAGGUCAGUGUGGAAUUAGGACCACGCCAUAUCUAUCUGAUAUAUGCUUGAGUUUACUUCUAUUUUUGGUUUCAAAUUUUCAUAUACAUGUAUCUGGAUAUAUACGUAUGUGUACACCUUAUCUCAUAAAGGAAAAGAGAAAGCCAAAACCCAUCAAUGUUAUACUUAUAGAUAGGCCAUUCUUACAUUUGCCGUCAGAGCCACGGCAUAAUCCACCGUCAAACAAAAAGAGACAGUUUAAACGCCUUUUCCCAUUAAAUUUAGCACACAUCGAUACACAAAUUUUGCAGAAACCUCCAAAACUCUUCUUUUUUCUUUCAUAUAUUCAUAGGGUCCCUUGCCCACAAAUAUAAUUACGAAAAUGAUAUGGUAACCACAUUAAAGCGUAAAAAGAGAAAACGCUGUAUUCUAGCCAUCGGCCUCUUGUUCAAUUUUACGUGGUUUCUUCAAUAAUUAUGGAGACUCAAAGCUUCUAAGAGUAUGUCACUCAACCGCAGCAUAUUUUGUUUUCUCUACACCUUAUAACAGUUAGAUCAUUCCCAAUAUGUUAUGGUUAGUGGUUACCAUUUGAGUUGGAUUACCUAUCACCGUCUAUCCAAUUAUCCAAAUACGACACUUGUGACAUUUUUUUAUAUUACAGCUAGACAAAAACUUCUAAGUAUACAAAUGAACUCAAAAGCUGUAUAUAUAUAAAUUAUAUGCUCAUAAAUUUAAACUAUUCUAAGUACUUUAGAAGAAGUGAACCAGGUUUUUACUGAUUAAAUGAAUUAGAAAUAUAUUUUUUUUAAUCACAAAGGGUAUAUUUGUUUCAAAAAAAAUAAAAAAAUCACAAAGGGUAUAUAAAAGCGAUAAAUGUAAACAUGUUGCAGCAAGUACGUAGGAGCAGCAAGAAUGACAUCUUAUCUAAAAAUGAUAGACUAUCGCUAUUUAGGUUUUGGAUUUUGGAAGAAAGAAGAAUGAAGAAGCUAGCUGAGUUUUGAAAACUCUUUGAUUAUGUCCAAAACUUGCAUUUAAUUCAUAAAGUUGUUACUGCUGUCUUUUUUUCUUGUCCUUCGGAUUGAAUUCAAUCUUACUCAAAGCAAAUACAUUCUUUAUCCAAUUAUUUUAUGACAUUUACAAAGUCGAAUAUUAACAUAAUUUGAUCUAGAAAACCCUUUCUCAAAAAAAAAAACCAUAAUUUAAUUUAGUAUAUAACUAUUAAAUAGUAGUUUAAAGUUUUAUAUUAUCAUGCAAAAAAAUAUUUAGAUAAAUAUUUUUUCUCUGCUUCAUUAUUAAUUUAUUAUACUAACCGCUAUAACGCUCUAAUAUACAUCCAUCAAAUAUACCAUUUUGAAACAAAUAAUUGAGAAUAAUAUGGUCCAUGCAACUCCUAUAUAAACAUAGAGUAAUCCAUCUUCCAAUACAACAUCCAAACACAAAAAUAGUUCCACUUCUAAGCCCUAACUCCACAAGGAACACAAAACCCAUUGAUAAAAAUGGCUGAUAUCCAAAAUACCAUUUUCGUCUUCCGACCAGACCAGCAGAAUCUGGCACCUAAACCUCUGACUCCAUUCUCUGCCGUGACCCCUCACCGUGCUACGGCCUCACGAGCACGCCGCCUCAUCUCUACCACAACCCUCGAAAUGAUUAUUGAAGAAGAUACCGCACCGGAAGAAGAUCAUCCUAGCACUGUCGCUGCGAGGGACACUCUUCCGGUAUUUCCAUCGACCUCCUGUUUCUUGAUGGCCAAUAAACAAGUCUCUUUCAUGUUAUACGAAAGCUGCAAGUGCCCUUGAUGAUUUUCGCUACAAACCGACUGAAAAAUGGUGUUUUUUUUCUUGUACUAGUCAAGUUAGUAAUAUUUGAUGUCAGUUAUGGUCGAUGCUUUGUUUUUACAGAAGUUUAUUUUCUGUUAUACGGAAGCUGCAAGUGCCCUGGAUGUUUUUUCACCACAAAGCAAUUAUGGUGUUUUUUUUUUACUUUUCUUGUAAUAAUCAAGUUAGUGAUGUCUGAUGUUCGAUAGUGCAUGGUGAUAUGUUUUAAUAGAAGUUGAAUCAACUUUCUCCGCUU